AUGACCGCGUUACUCGUGCAAUGGGUGGGGUUCACCGGGUUGUGGUGGGCGGACGCCACGGUGUGCGGGAUGGGGUGGACGCCACUGUGGUAUUCCCAGUAUCGGUUCUAUCUCUCCGUGCUCGUGGGGGCAUGUAUUAUUGGUUCGCUCGCGGGGACGUCGUACUACGGGCCCGUUGCCGGACACGGGUUUAUUUCCAGGGAUCUCGAGUUGACGAGGGAGAUGAGGAGGGAGGUUAAAGGGGAGAGGGAGGGGACGGUACCUGGGGUGGUGGAGGCUGUCCCUGCGGACCUAAAGGGUGGGGCGUAUGUCGUGUUGAAGAAGAGGGAUUUGACGAGGGAGGUGCAGCAGCAGCAGGAGAGGGAGAAGGAGGUGAAAGAGGGGGUCGUCCGGGACCCAGUUUGCUAUACCUUGAAGAGAACAUCGUAUUAA